UACUUCAUGCUGCUUACACGGUGACAGCUCUAAUUUGGUGGGAUGAUAGCUCUUUCGAUUCGUAUCUGUGCGUGUGUGCGUGUGUAUGUUUCUUGCGGUGUAAAAUUCGGCCGGCCCGUGUUGUGUAGAGAACUAAAAUAAAUACUUGUCGGACGUUCUUCGUGCUGCGGUAAGUGCGUGUAGCGUAAAACGCACUUUACAGACUCAGCUUUGCUUGACGGAAGGCACGUGCAUCAAGUGUUCGACAAUCUAGGCAAGAAAAACGAACCCUCACUAAGAGUAUAUACGGGCGAAGACGACAUCCAGAGGGUUUUUAGCGUAAGGCCGCUUGAAGUCACGACGGCAGCGGCUCACCAUCGGAUCCGGGAGAUAAAAACAACCAAGUCGUCCAAGAGUGUGCGAGCAGCUGCUGCAUAAGCAUAAUUGUGCUGGUGUAUGAAAUCAUAACAACGAUCCAAACAGUCACCAGAACACUAGAUUGUUCUGCUUUCUGACUCUUCUGCGAGUGCAAAUGCACCCGACAUUACCACGGUGAACGAAAGGGGGGUAGCGAAGUUGUUGCAUCCGUCAGAACCAAAGUCGGGCAGACAAAUAAUACAUCCAUCCGACGGUCCACAUACAACCGUGCACCAGAGUGUGGCGCCGUUGCGAGUUGUCCUAAAAUAGGGCGAUUGCGUGCAAGCAUUCCGGAAGCCUGCUGCAGUACCGAGUGCAUUCGCUUCCUUCCACUGCUGGCAGCGGCGAGUCGCGAAAGUGAGAACACAAGACGAAUAGCACUCGUAAAUUCCAUGCGUGCUUGUGAUGUGUGUGAAAAAUAUUAAAUGAAGAAGCAAUAAAUAAAAAAAGGUUAGUGUGUGGCCGUCGUCCAACUAAAUCCUUGCAUCGGUGUGCAGCUGCAGUAUGCAUACACCCGCACGCAGUGCAUUCACACUGUAGAACCCGUUGAAUGCAACAGUAUCAUUGACACCACCAGAAAACGACGGUGGACGCGCGCGAGUGCAUCGACAGUGUGUGCAGUACAGUGUGGGAAAAAAACGCAUCAGUGAAAGCAUUUGCUUGUGGCCUUGAAAAUUUACCUUAGACGGACGAGUAGACGACAGCAGAAUCAUCAUCGCCAAAGAAAAAGGCAACUUGGAAUAGAAAUUUUGCUAAACAUAUACGUAAAAAUAGCUUCCACUUUUGAUGAAACACAACCCUAUGCUGUACGAACGAAGAUUACGAAUGUGUGAACCGAUUUGGAAACAACGAUUUAGUGCUGUGGUAACAACAUAUCAGCAAUCUCGCCAGCAGGCUCUGGAAUGCAGCUGCUGCAUGAUGCUUUUAUCGCAUUGAGUCGAAUGCAGGAACCAUUCUGCUAAAUAGAACGGGGUAGAAAUUCUGCUUCAAGAAUUCAGUACGUGUGUGUAUUACUAAAGAAAUGGUGCAAUAACAUUUCAGGUGCAAUUGCAGUUGAAAGUGCAUUUGUUCGGUUUAAGCGUGUUGUGUCAAUUUCAGCAGACCGUAUGGGUCAGUUAAAUCGCUUCCCAGCCACUGCUCUUCGCCGACUAGCAACCAACGUAUAGAUAGCCAAACCGUCAUGUGUGAUCUAGUUUUCCGUUUUGUUUUCCAAUUUUCAUUUCUUUCCGGUGCGCGUGUGUGUCUCGUUAUCAAAUUGCUUGCCGAUUUUAAUUAAGUGUACGGUUAAGAGUUUCUUUUCCUGUUUCGUUUGAACAAACAAACCUUUUUGGCUGCCUGCAAUUUCUCCAAGAGUUCCACUUACUUUCAUGCGAGUUCGAUCGGAGCGGAGCGGAGGAAAAAGGAGAUUUGCAAUAAAGAAGAUCGGUAUCUUCUUGAAGCUUUCCCCCCAGCAGGCGGCAUUAAUCGCACCUUUAUCGUACACCGUAAAUAUUACAAAAGAAACAUCUCCGGGCACAAUACGACGGUGGCACCUUGUGUGCGUAUCAGAAGCAUCUUCCACGAUUGUGCAGUUCUCAAGUCAACAGAGAAACAUCGUCACUGGCUGUGUAGUGUAGUGCCAGCACCACACACAUUCACUACACUGGUUCCUCACUGCCCCGAACGUUUGCCCUUCGCAUGUUGGGGAUGUCUUCCAAACAUGAGCUGAAGAAACUCUCGGAGGAAAGCUUAACACGGCAGCCGGAUGAGGUGUUCGACAUUAUUUGCAAGCUUGGUGAGGGUAGCUAUGGCUCCGUUUACAAGGCACUACACAAGGAGAGCGAGCAGGUGCUUGCAAUCAAGCAAGUACCGGUCGAUACUGAUCUGCAGGAGAUCAUCAAAGAGAUCUCGAUCAUGCAACAGUGUGACUCACCGUACGUCGUCAAGUACUAUGGCAGUUACUUCAAAAACACGGAUCUCUGGAUCGUGAUGGAGUACUGUGGCGCUGGUAGCGUUUCCGAUAUAAUGCGGCUGCGGAAGAAAACCCUUUCCGAGGACGAAAUCGCAACGAUACUGAUCGACACACUGAAGGGGCUGGAGUAUUUGCAUCUGCGGCGCAAAAUUCAUCGCGACAUUAAAGCGGGCAAUAUACUGCUCAAUUCGGAGGGCCAUGCGAAGUUGGCCGAUUUCGGUGUUGCCGGACAGUUGACGGAUACGAUGGCGAAAAGAAACACGGUGAUCGGCACUCCGUUCUGGAUGGCACCGGAGGUGAUCGAAGAGAUCGGGUACGACUGUGUGGCGGAUAUUUGGUCGCUCGGUAUUACGGCCCUCGAAAUGGCGGAAGGGAAACCACCGUACGGGGAUAUCCAUCCGAUGCGUGCCAUCUUCAUGAUACCGACGAAGCCACCACCGUCGUUCCGUGAUCCCGAUAUCUGGUCGCCGGAGUUUAUCGAUUUCGUUAGUCUGUGUUUGGUGAAGAAUCCGGAGGAACGAGCGACUGCCACUGAUCUACUGGCCCAUGAAUUUAUUCGCAAUGCCAAACCGUGCAGCAUACUCAGCCAAAUGAUAGCGGAAGCAAAGGAAAUACGGGAAAACCAAAGCUACAGGCAUGCGGCUGCCAUUAGUCAAGCUAACAAACAGCUGCAGAAUAAUAGUAAUAACGCCAAUGGGCACGACGGUGGCGAAUCGGACGAUGAGGAUCAAGUAAAUUCGAGGACGAUGAAGGAAUUUCCUGCCGACUGUGGUACGCUCGUACCGGGACGUGGGGAUGAAGGCGAUGGGACGAUGAUAGCACACGCAGAUUACGGUACGUUGGUACCCGAUAACGGGACGAUGGUGGAACUGCAAUCGAACCUAGGCACGAUGGUGAUCAAUUCGGAUUCGGAAGAAUCAACCAUGAAAAGACAUGACACCAAUCCGGAUAAACCGAAAUAUAGGCCACUGUUUCUCGAUCAUUUCGACAAAAAGGAGGCGGAAGCGGCCAGUUUCGGUAAUAGUAAAGUUGCCGCAGUAAACAAUCACCACCAUCAUCAUCAACUACAAUCGCCCCCAUCCGCAAUGAGUUCGUUUGAUGAUGGAUCUCCGUCGGUCGAUAUGCAAGCGGAACUUUCGCCAGCCUUCAGCCCACAAACGACACCGGUCGCGUCACCGCAACAACCACACCUUCCACAGCCUUUAGCAACAUCACCACAGCAACCUCAGCCGCAGGUACAAAAGAUCGUUAGCAAUCUGGUGACAACGGCGGCACCAGCAGCCCAAGCCUUUCCAGCCACGCACAGCCCGGUCUCACCGUCGGCACCACCGAUGACGCAAAAUUUCCAAGACCACCAGCAGCAUCAACACCAGGCACUGCAACAGCAGCAGCAGCAGCAACAACAACAGCAGCAACAGUUCAAUGAAGAGCGACAACGAUACCAAUCGCACCUGCAACUGCAAUUGAAUCAAAUCUCCGCCGUUAGUCCCAAUAUGCAUCAGAUGCAGUUUUUGCAACCUACCGCGGCCGAGUAUGAUUCGCUUAAGUUUAUGAACUACGAACAGUUGGAGCAACGAUUGGCCAGCUUAGACAAGGAGAUGGAGAAAGAGCUGGCGGAAACGAAGAAGCGUUACACAUCCAAACGCCAACCGAUACUGGAUGCGAUCGAGGCCAAGCAACAGAAGCGCCAGCAGAAGCUGGAAGAGUUCUGAGUAGUCGCCGCUAAGGGUGAGCGUGGUCAACUCAUCAUGGUUCUCAUUUAAUGAUGUAUGUACGCGGUUCAUUGGUUAUAGUAAUUAGUGCGUAGUCAUAUUUAAUAGGAAUAAUUUCACCCCUAGACUGCCGUCUUUUAGUUUCAAAUUCCUAUUACUUUUUUUAAACAUAUCUACCAGCCGUCGGACAGAGGAAAAUUCCAAUUCCUUGCUAGAGUGAUCGCUUGUCGCUAAAAAAUGACGUCUGUUUAUGUAUUUUAGCUACUUUUGCCGACGAGAUGUAUCCAUCACACGAUGUUUGUUUGUUUUUGUCUGAUAUUAUUUGUAAAAAGCAAUACUUGCACAAUAAUGUGAGCGAAUGGAUGUGUGGAACAGAUCUGAUAUUUUAUUUUAUUCGUAAAUCCAGCAAAGCGACCAUUCAUCCUUGAUCUGCUAGAGCUCGUUGAUUAGCAACGAGGUUUGAAAAAAAAAGUUUUUGGAAUGCCGCCAAUUUCACGGUUUCUGCUUGUUUGAUCCUCACGUGUCAUGGUCCGUCCCUUGAAGCAAGUGUAUUACAAUGUCGCACUGCUAAUUUUUGUUAAGUUGACCUUUAUCAUGCUGGUUAAAUUAUAUUGAACAUACGUACUAACGAAAUGCAUUGAGCGAGUGCAGUCACUGUUUUACUCCCGAAACAGUGAUGCAUACAUUUGUAUUACAAAUUUUACGUUGCAUUGUUAAAGAUGAGUUGGCUUGCAUUAACGAAAUAAAUGCUGCUUUGGGUGUGAUCAGUUUUCGAUACUGGCGCCUCACCGCAACCAAAUAAUUUAUUGACAAAUCGUUAAACGUUAUCACUUGAGUGUGAAAAUGAAGCUAAACAGCGCGAAAGGCACAGGGCACAGUGUAUGAUUCUAACGAACGUGAAUAAAAAUUACCUUAAAAAGAGACAGACCUCAAACUAACCGAGAAGAUUGAAAGUAGAAUACAAUAAUCCUGUAAUACCUGUAACCAGGGACGAGAAGUUAUACAUAUAUCCAGCAAGAGCGUGAUUGGUUGACGAUUAUAUACAAACAUACACACGCACCGCAAUGCAAUUGAAGGACUCAUCGAUCGCAGUUGAUCGCACAUUUUUUACACUAACUAAGCCAUAUACCCUUGGUAUGAAAAUAAACGAGAUUGCUGGUGUACGCAAAAGUAAAGGGAUCGGGAAGGAGUACCAACCAUAUUAGACAUGGAGGAAAAGCAACGUGUAGACAACAUACCUUGUUACAUAAACAUAACGAAAGUGCUAAAAGUGAGACCCAACAGUAGGUGAUGAAGAACAUAGCAAUGAACAAAAGUGCUACAUUUUAUUCUUUAAACAUAUACAAGUUUAUUGAGAAAUAGUAUCUAUCUACUGCUGCUAGAGAUAUUACAUAUAGGAAGAUGAUUAAAAUGAAUGGCGCAAUGGAAGAGCAGGGGUUUUGAUAAACGGAACACGAUGAUAAACCCAACCCACACGGGAUACAGGAAUAUGCGAUUAAAAAUUGUAAAAUAAUAAUACGACGCACCAAAUACUGGACAAAAAAGUAUGAACGUAUUAUUAACAAAACAGCUCGGAUGAACAAACACACACACAUGAUAAAUAAAGUUGAACUUUAAGGUUGCCAUGCAUUUAUAUUAAAA